UACAGGUCCCGACAUGCACCUCGUCCAUUACCAUAGCAGCGGGAAGUUAGUUUCCACCAUGGACGGCCCGAGCAGAGUGUUUACUGCUAUACUACCGGCUGCGGGGCUCGAGUUUGCCGGUAACGUAAAGGAGCAGGGGCUGGAAGUACGGACAGUUAACCGGCAGAGUCCCAGUAACCGUGUGAGGGAGGUCCAGGUGACGGGGACAGCGGAGGUUUGUUGUCCGGCGGACCGAGUCUCUGUCCGGGUCAGUGUGAGCAACAGUAAAGAGUCAGUGAACGAGGUCACAAACAGCGUUUCCCGACGACUCGAGUACAUCGUGCAGACUGUCAGACAACAUGGCGUGAGUGACACAGACACCACAGUGAGGAGGUUUCUUCACAGAGAAGCAGACCUGUUCCACAUGGAUGCAGAGGUGGUGGUGACUUUUUUGGAUUUUGAGAAGAUGGAGCGAGUUUGUAGUGUCUUGCUGGAGAAGCUGGACAAGAGUGUCUGUGUGGGAUCGCCACAGUUUUACCACAGUGAAGACUGCCUGAGUCACCUGAGAAAGCAAGCUUGUGUAUCUGCAGUUGAAAAUGCUCAGCAGAAGGCCAACGAAGUCAGUCAGCUCCUGGGACAAAGUCUGGGACACCCCCUACUCAUCAGAGAGGAAGAGACGAGGGAGUGGAGGAACGAGGACGAGGACUAUGGGAGCAGAGAGCAGGGAGCUGCACCCGUUUCUCAUCUUCCUCAUGCACCCACAAUCACUGCCUCCUCGCGGGUGACUGUCUGCUUCAGCCUCAGAGAUAGGAAAAAACUCUAAAGACAUUUGCCAUUGGCAAAACCAAACCCCUGUUUGCCACAGUUUAAAACACUUUAUUGCACAAUUGCAGCUCAUCCAAAGCGUAGACAGUCAAGGUUAUUUUUAGACUUUCGCAAACACUGUCAUGUAAAUUUAAAUUUACAGAAAAUCAACAAAUUUCAAGCAUUGAUAAUUAUGCCAAACACUCAUAUGUUGUCUUUUAAAAAGACAUGAAAACCUCAUCAAACUUUUGACAAGGUCAAUAACUGACCACAGAGGGAGAAAAUGGAAUUAUCAGAUGGAUGAAUGUUUUUAAGACAGAUUCUUCAGGUGUCCAUGACCUCAUCUUCAGGAAACAGCUCUCUGAGCCAGGGCUGCAUGAUGAACCGCUCGCCGUCAAAAUGUGUGAAGUAAUUCUCCAAGGUGGGAAUGUUUGGCUACAGAAACAUCCAACAGUGAGUCCAAGGCCAUCAUGUGUUUGUGUAUUUGAGUGUGCUGUGAUUUCCACGUCUUACCCUCAUCCCGGUGAUGCGCUCCAGUUGCGUCUGAGGCAAAUAUGCAACCAUCAGAGAGGAACCUGCAGGUCCGCCGAACAGAACUUUGUAGUGAGGUGUCCUCUCUGCAGCGGCGCCCUACACAUACAGACACACACAGUCACAGAGGUCAUGAACUUGUUUCCAACAUUUGAACACAUUACAUUUCCUAUAAUGUGGGUCACUUGCAGUUCUGAAGCACUAGUGUGAAAUCUAUUUACUGAAUGAGGUGUGUCCAACCCCUUUAUGUAGUAUUGUUAGUAUUAGGCAUUUUCCAGUUAAGCUGACGGAGCGUAAAAAAACUCUAGAGAUGAUUGUUGGGUCAGGUUCGGCACAUCAAUUGCCUGGUAAUUCCAAAUUCUAAGUGAAAGUAAAAUAUAGGGUUGAAGAAUUAAUCAAAAUGUUAUCAAAAUCACAAUACAGCCUAAUCAGAAUAUUUCUUGAAGCCAAAAUGUGUGGGAAAAUGACCAUUUUAGAUGAAAUAUUGUCCACGCCUGUUCACAUCAUAUUCUACAGACUGACGUGUAUCUUUGUUGCUCACAGUUCUGCACAAAUAUCACAGUCAUCAUUUUAAAUAUGUAUUUUAACUGAAAUUUUGGAAAAUUAUGUAAAAAAAAAUACCAAUCUCUAUCAUAUCACAAAAUCAUACCGCAAUCGCACUUUCAGUCAACUGCUAACUAAAGCGGUUAUGGUCAAUUACAUAUAUCUUCAAAAUUGUUCAGCCCCAGUAAAAAAAGGCCAGUUUUAGUUCAGUAGCUCCACUUUCACUUACGUUAUGUGGGAGUGUCCAACACAUGUCUUUUAAAAGUCUGGUUUUAGUCGGACUAACACAAUUACUCAAUUUCUUCAAUGGAUAAAAAAAUAUUUGUGGAUGCUAACCUCAAAACUGGAAUAUAUCUUGUUAAUCCACUCUGAAGGGGCUCGCAUCUCCGGGUCCCAGCUCACCACCACUCCGACCAUGUUACCCUUCCUCUCCCUCACCACCUCGCCGACUCGUAGGAACACAAAUGGAGGACGAGGGCUGCGCACGGUCGAGGACGCUGCAGGAGAAACGAUGAAGGAAAUAAGACAAAUUGUCACUUUGAAUAGUAGAUUUUCUUUAAAAUGGUCAGAUUAACACUCUUUGUUAUGAAAUGCUCUUUUUGAUAAAAGAGGAAGAAAUAACCGAAAUACAAAAUGUAGUUUCACACAAGAUUAAAAAAGGGGAUAUUUUUAUUCA